UGUUGGUGACGUCACACCCCUCGCCUCUGACAGGUCGCGGCUCUGUCUUCCACACAUGUGAACGACCUUUAAAUCUUUCGCAAAACUGGCCUGUGCUUUCACAUGACUGGGAGAUGACGAUGUUUCUCGCAAGAAGAAUCGCGUUGACGGCGGCGAGGAGGUCAUUUUCCGUCAGUCAGCGGACAAACAGCAAAGGUUUAGUGUUGGGAGUGUUCGAGAAGGAGGGGGAGGAUGGUGGACACCAACUGACGGAAGAUGCGGACGUGUUUGACCGCUCGGUGGGUGGAAAACUGUCCGAGCUGCUGCGGAUCUCUGGACCCACUCUGAAGAAAGGCAAGAGCAGGGUUUUUUAUGGAGUCCGUGAGGACUUCCCGUGUGUGGCUGUAGUCGGGUUAGACAAGAAGUGCACUGGCGUGUGUGGAGCCGAGAACUGGGACACCAGGAAGGAGAACGUCAGGCAGGCAGUUUCAGUUGGCUGCAGGCUGCUUCAGGACCUGGAAGUGAAGCAUGUGGAAGUGGACGGCUGCGGUGACGCUCAGUCGGCAGCAGAGGGCGCGGUUUUGGGGCUCUUUUACUACGACCAAUUAAAAUCCAAAAAGAAAACCAAAGUAUCAGUAGAGCCACAUGGAAGCGCCGACUCGCCUGCCUGGGAGAAAGGAGUCCAGUAUGCAGAAGGGCAAAACUUGGCACGCCUUCUGAUGGAAGCUCCAGCCAAUCACAUCACGCCGUCGUCUUUUGCCAGCACCAUUGAGGAGAAAUUAUCGCAGCUUGGCCAGGAAGUCGUCGUCCAAAAGAGAUCCCAGGCUUGGAUAGAAGAGCAAAAUAUGGGGGCCUUUCUUAGUGUGUCGAGAGGUUCUGAAGAGCCCCCUCUGUUCCUGGAGCUGCAUUACAACGGCUGCCCCGACCGCACGCAGGCGCCGCUGCUGCUAGUUGGUAAAGGCAUCACCUUUGACAGCGGUGGAAUCUCUCUGAAACCGUCGGCCUCCAUGGACGCGAUGCGAGCAGAUAUGGGCGGAGCUGCCACCAUGUGUGCGUCGAUCGUCACAGCCGCUGCUCUCAAGCUGCCUGUCAAUAUUAUUGGUCUGGCUCCACUGUGUGAGAACAUGCCGAGUGGAAAAGCUACCAAGCCAGGGGAUGUUGUUACAGCCAGGAAUGGAAAAACCAUCCAGGUCGAUAAUACCGAUGCCGAGGGUAGACUCAUACUCGCGGACGCUCUCUGUUAUGGACACACCUUUAACCCCAGAGCCAUCGUCAACGUCGCCACGCUAACAGGUGCGAUGGAUGUCGCUCUCGGGUCGGCUGCAGCAGGAGUCUUCACGAAUUCUGACUGGCUGUGGGGGCAGCUCCACCAGGCUAGUGUCAUGACCGGUGACAGAGUUUGGAGGAUGCCUCUGUUCCAGCACUACAGCCAGCAGGUGAAAGACAGCCAGCUGGCUGACCUCAACAACAUUGGCAAGUACAGCCGGUCUGGAGGUGCCUGCACUGCAGCGGCCUUUCUGAAGGAGUUUGUCACGUCUCCUCAUUGGGCUCAUCUAGACAUCGCUGGCGUCAUGAGCAACAAAGAUGAAGUCCCCUACCUGAGGAAGGGCAUGUCAGGGAGACCAACACGCACACUCGUGGAGUUUGCAGCUGGAUUAGCCCAACAGGAUUGACAAGAACAUGACGUCUAGUGGAAGUUGUUUCCUGCCUCCAGAGAGGUUUAGAUCUCAGUAUCAUCUCACUGAAACCUUUGACUGUUUCUUGUCUGUUUAGGACGAUCUCUAUUACAUCAUGUGCUCAUUUAUCAAUAUGUUUCACACCCGGAGUUUGUACUGUUUGACCAUCAUCAGCUAUUGAUAUUAACUUUUGAUAUUAAACAGUAUCAAAUUGGGUUUUCUUACUGUCU